GUUCAGGCUGUGUGAAGAAUUUGUAUGUAUGCUGAGGGAGAUACGUGUCGUAUUAGACGCUAGUAAAAACCGAACCACUAUGGCUGCUGUUUACACGGUAAAUGAGAGUAGUGUGCAGGGUGACAACGGGGGAUUGUCUUGCGAAAAUGUGCCAAGGGGUUCUAAACUUGUUAUAUCGCCGCUAGUGGUAAAGCCCAAAAAGAUUAAAGCAGAAUACAGUACUACUACUAGUGCGGAGGAAGCGCAUGGGGGCUGCACUGACCCAGAGCAGGUAUCGAGACACCAUGCUACAGGGGACGAUGCAUUAGUGGAGAUAAAAGAAGAGCGUAACGACGACGAAGAAUAUUUCCAGAUAAAGUUAGGUGAUAUCGGUGGGAAUUCAGAUGAACGGGUGCAAAACAACGAAUCAGACCAAGAAGAGCAAGACAAGGAAAGCGCUGCUGAUGGGGAUUGGCUUUUCCGCUGUGUGGAUUGUGGUGAAACCUUUGGGCAGAGGGAGGCCUACCUGGAACAUCGACGUGAACAUACUCACGAUGGCCCUAUAGUCUGCCUCGACUCAGAUUCACAGUGGGAUGACCUACUUGUUUCAGAGGAUGGGGGACGGCGAACACUGUGCUGUGCUCUUUGUGGUCGUAAAUUUUCCAGUUCCAGAGGUUUUUUUGCCCAUCAAAUUAAACAUCGCAGUGAAGACAUCAAGCAGGAGCCAGAAUCUGAGGUUGCAAUCUCAGUGCGUAAACAACACAUUUUUGAAUGCAAAGAUUGUGGCAAAAAAUAUUCUGCUUUAGGAUACUACCUCAAUCACCAGCGUUCACACAAGCAAGCCUCAAAGUCUGUUUUCCAUCAGCUGGCCCAAUUAAAAAAAAAGUCUUUCCAAUGCUCUACUUGUGGUCGAUGUUACUCCCGAGCUUCCGCUCUUGAUGCCCACCAUCGCUGCCACGAAGUGAAACUAGUAAAAUCCCGGAGCUCUGGCAUGGAGAAGCCUCCUACACUACAGGAAGUUGCAGAGGAAAAUGGAGAUAAAGUUGGAUAUUAUAAGAAGUCUGUAUUGCUUCAUAAAUGUUCUGAUUGUGGAAAAGCAUUUCGCUCCUUGUCUGGCCUGGGAAAACAUCAGCGCUUCAGAUCUAACUGUAAAGGAGAAUUUAAGCAGUCCUUUCACUGCCCUGAGUGUGAUAAGAGUUUUCUGAGCAGUAAUGCUCUUGCAGGCCAUCAGCAAUGGCACAUUAGGCGGAUCAGCAGUGGGAUGUCCCUAACAUGUAAAGAAUGUGGAAAGGUCUUCUCUUCACUCACUUUCUAUCAGCGGCAUCAACGAGUGGCACACAGUGCUCCUGCUAAGUCAUUUCUCCAUCAAGUGUGUCAGCUGCAGAAAAAGUCCUUUGAGUGUCAGGAUUGUGGACGUCGUUUCUCAAGGGCUUCGGCGCUUCAGUCCCAUCGGCUUUGUCACACUAAUGUUCUUGGGGAUCUCCCUGAAAGGGUGUCCCAGAAGCCAGUUAGCACUGAAAGCCUGCUGUCAGCAUCCCAAAAGUUAUAUUUGUGUGACAAAGAAAAGCCAGAGAGCUUUGCUAUUGGAACUCUAGUGUAUACCCAAGGGACUUCACAGACAUUGGAUAUUACUGAAGGCUUUUCUUGCAAGGAGGCUGAUGAAGUGACUAAGGGUGAUAAUAUUGGUUUGGGUGUGGAAAGUGUUAAUGUAACUGGAUCUGAUAAUUCAGUUGCAGGAAAUGCUCCUUUAUUGGUUUCAAGAGCUGAACCUCAAACAUCAACAAUGUGUGACCCUGAAAAUAAAGACGACGUGACGAUACCUCUAAACCAAUCAGCAGGGUCAGGAAGUUCAGAAGUUGAUGUAGAGCUUGAAUUUGAACCAGUGGAAAGCAGAGAAAAUUAUAAUCCACCUUCUAAAAGGAGAAGUUCUGACUGUCCCGAAUGUGGUCGUAAGUUUGCUAGUGCUAAUGCUAUGCGUUGUCACAGGCUGUGGCAUAAGAGACCAAUGGGACGGGCUGCAGGCCAUAAGAUUUGGACUCACAAAAUUCCAAGCCAAACUUAUUUGAAAAAACUCUUCAAAUGCAAUGAUUGUGGCCAAGAGAGUUCAACACUUACCUCUCACCACCAACAUCUGCAACAACAUGAAAACCCGAAACCCCAGAAAUCUCUGUUCCAGCUUGGUGGCUUGAAGAACUCAUUUGAGUGUGAAGAAUGUGGAAUGUGUUUUUCUCGUGCCUCUGCUUUGCACUCUCACCAGCAACACCAUGUCCAGCCUAAGAGAAUACACAAGUGUUCACUUUGUGAAAAAGCUUAUUCCAGUCACAGUGGUUUGUAUAGCCACCAAAGAGCCUGUCACGCAGCAGCUCUGUUUAGAAAAGACCGGUUUAAUCCAAGGAAGACUCUUCUUGGCCCAAAGUUGUAUUAUUGUGAAAAAUGUGGAAAAGGCUUUUGGUCACUGGGGGCAUUUUCUCAACACAAGCAACAGCAGUGUGCAGAGGUGCAAGGGAAGACUAACACACCUGAGCCAGUUGCCUCCAACAAUAGUCGGUCUCGUGCCUCAUGUAAGCGUGCUGUCUGUCCUGUUUGUGGCAAGAAGUUUCGCCAUAGGGGGUACUUGGCUUGUCAUAUGAAGCGGCACAACAGCACCCCGAAAAAGAAUCAUAAGUGUGAGGUGUGUGGAAAGUCCUACAGCAUUCUUUCCUGCUUCUUCAAACACCAACAAGUGCAUGAUUCUCAAGAAUUCAAGCCAGCAGUAAAGUCUUUUCAGGAUGAAGUGGAGCAAGUAAAAAAGAAUACCUACAGCUGCCCUCACUGUGACAAACUCUUUUCUCGAGCUAUGGCUCUUCAGUUCCACAUGAGGAGUCAUGGUUAUGAAACUGGCUAUCCAUUUUCUUUGUCUAAGUCACUUCCCAGUGCAGAUUUAUUUAAUUGUCCUACUUGCCCUGCUCAUUUCUCCAGCUAUGCAGUUCUUCAGGACCAUAUGAGUCAGAAACAUGGUGGAAAUAAACAGAAGGUUAAUGAGGGAACCAUUGAAGACAAGAAGCAAAAAAGCCUGGGAAAACCUGUGAAGUCUCUCAGUAAAGGAAACAAAAAUUUGCAGAGCAAGACAGAUAAUUGCACUAAAACAACGAAGGCAUCUCAGUUAUUGCUAAAAUCACUUCAUUCUCCAGUCAAGUCUGAAUCUGGAAAAUAUAAAUGUAGUGAGUGCGGAAAAGGAUUUUCAGUUGCUGGAGCACUUAAUUUUCAUAAAAGGAUUCAUCUACGGUAUCAGAUUACCUCUGAUCUAGGACUUCCCUUUCCUGCUGUUGAGGAACCCAAGUAUCAGAAGGAUGGUAGUGACAUUAACAACCAGUAUGUUUGUCCAGAGUGUGGAAAGAGCUUUAAUACAGAUUCUGCCCUAGGAACCCACAGAUGUUGCCACACAGAAAAAGAAUUUUCUAGUACUUUGUCAAUAGGUGAUGUUGACAAAUCCAAGAGCGUAGACAAUGGACCAUUUCACUGUAACCAGUGUGGCAAAGGGUUCUUUUACUACUGUGUUCUUAGACGCCAUCAAAUGCAUCACUAUGGAUAUGAGACUCAAGGAAAACCAGAAUCGCGCUCUGAUAGCACACAGGAAUCUGACAAACCCUCAACAAGCAGGUUAGCUUGUCCAAAAUGUGACAAGACAUUCAACCGUGCUUCUCUCUUGGCCUCUCACUAUCACAGUCACCAUGACAAAACUGCCAUAUGUUCGCAGUGUAGUGUUCCCUUCUCUUCCACAGAAGCUCUCCAGAAGCAUCAGUCCCAGGUCCAUUGCAAUCUGGGAUUGUGUAACCAAUCUGAUGUACAAGGCCCUGUCAAAUCCAAGGGUAUAGUUCAAAAGAAUAAGUGUUAUAAAUGCCCUGAUUGUAGCAAGCACUUCUUCAAAAUUAGGGGUCUUCGAGCACAUAGAUGGAAGAUGCAUCAUGGAAGCAAAAAGGCUUUGGGGGCCUUCAAAACCAGCCUGAAACCCUUUCCUUGCACAGGAUGUGAGAAAAGAUACAGUUCUCAAGGUGCACUCUAUAACCAUAGAAAGAUCUGUGUUGUAGCCAAAAAAAAGCUAAAAAGACAAAAGAUUGUUAAGGAUCCUUUACCUCCACGCUGUUUCUCUGAGAAGGUCAGCAAAUGUCUUUUUAAGUGUCAUAAGUGUGGCAAAGCCUUUCCCACUCUAGAUCGACUAGCAGCACAUAAUGAUAUCGCUAAGAGUAGACCAUAUUGCUGUGCUCUUUGCUGCCGUGGCUACUGGACAGAGACUCAGCUACAGCAGCAUUUGGGCUGGCAUGAUGAGGUACGGCGGCGUCUACCAGCAAACCUGCGAUACCGACUUAGCACCUGUGCUUUGACCACAGUAGCUAUGUCUAACCCAGUGGACGUUGCAUCCGUGAAUAAUGGCGUAAAUCCACUCCUACUCAAAUCACCUGCAACAUCCUUGGCUGGUUCUUUGUCAAAACAAUGCAAGUGCCCGCACUGUGGAGACACUUUCCAAACCACACUUGCCCUCAGACAGCACCAGACCCUACACAGCAAGCAAGGACAAUAUAAGUGUGGUCUUUCUCCUCAAGUUUUCAGUCAGAUCCAGGACCUUGCUGAUCAUCACCAGGAAUGUAGAAGCAAGAGGGGAGCACAAAGUGAUGUGCAAAAGGAACCAACCCAGAUGGAGCUCUCAAAAGAGAGUGUUGGCUUGACUUGUAUUGAAUGUGGAAUCACAUUUAGUCAGGAAGUAGAACUGCACCAGCAUUAUAUUGGUCAUGCUCGAGGGGAAUACUGAAAGAGCUGGUGGUGUGAAAAUCAUUAGUCGUCUAAAGAGGUGAAACUUAAAUGUGACAUUGGACCCUUCUACACAUUUUCAGCUGUAUUUCUGAGCAAAGUAAAUGUCAACUGAAUACUUUAGUUUUCCUUUCUACGAAUGGUGCAAAAGCAAGCUAUUUAUUUAACCUGUUUCCCAUGCAUGGCAAAAUGCUGUUAUCCAGUUUUUUAUGCAAUUGUGUCAUUACAAUACUUCAAGUGUACACAUGUUCUUCAGGUAACUAGACAUGGAGUUCUCCACUUAUUUUCUCAGGCCCUCUGUAUAAUUCUUUCUGAAGGAUAUGUACUGUUUUCAAGAAAGUGAAAUGUGUUUACAAGUGCCCUCUAAAAAUGUAGAUAGGGAAUGAAAAAUAUUUAGUUUCAAAGAAUGUUGUAGCUUUCUCUUAUUAUAUUGGUGCUGUAACAUCUUGUGAAUUGCUUUCAUUACUAAUAGCUCUUUGCCUUAAGUUCAUUGUAUAGCUGACCUAAGUUCUGCAAUGCCACCACAUAAGGUUUCAUUAAUACAGGGUUCUCUUUAGAAAAUCUGAGUCUUAGGAAGUAAAAACCCCAAUAAAACAAUGAGAAUGGGAUAAUGUUUUAAAAACCAUAUUCAGGAUUACACAGUUGUUUGAGCUGUAAAGUUGUGUAUUUUGUUCUGAAACCAGAGAUAAUCUGUGAAAGCACUUUUUAAAACUUGUAAAUCCUCUCUAUCCUGUCCUCCACACACUUCUGUGUCCAACACAAAUGACUACAGAUUUGUACAUUGUAGUUAAGAAAAAAAACACAUUUAGCUAGAUCAAACUUUUUCACAUCAAAAAUUUCACCAUGUCAAAAUCAAA